AUGUCUACUUUUGGCCCUGGUUUCGGUAAAUCCAACGGCGACUCACCUGCGCCGACGACUCCCCGAGGCCAGACAAGCAAGGAGAUCAACGCUAUCAUUGAAUCGACUGCCCAAGAGUUUGGUCUACCUCUCAGACCUCGCGUAGGCACGUUCUCGCCGAGCAAGCGACCCGACGGCUACGCCGAGCGAUGUGUCGAUCACAUCAACUUUUUGUUCUUUUGCAAUCGCGUUGUUAUGCACGAUGUGAUAGACCAGUUUCGCAAGGACAAAGCAGACAACGCCGUCUUUGGAAACCACCUAGAAGAGUUCUACAGUCGACUCAGAACAGCAGCCUAUCUCGAGAAGCACAAACCACGACUUGAGAAACCGCAAUGGGAAGGACAGGCACCACGACAGGUUCCUGAAUUCAGAAAGCCCGCCUCAAAGCUUUCCUUGACACAAACAAAAUUGAUUCCGACGAUUAAGAAGCGCUCGGAGCCAAGUCAAGUCAAAGGGGAGGAUACCGAGAAACGAAGCUCCAAGGAUCAGCUACUGCCAAGUGAUCAAUAUGUUUUAUCCGAUUCCGCUACGGCUCCUCGAGGUGCCAAACGUCUUUCGGAUCAGGAGUCUUAUGGCUCUUCAAAGUAUGUACGCCCCAAGAAGCAGCGGCGACAGCAGCAUCCUCUUGACAACCAUUUCUCAUGCAAGGUCAGCCCUUCCAACCCCAGCUUGAACUCAACACAUUCAAGCUAUCCUGUCACCAUCAACACUGGACAAGCAAAUGAAAGCUUCGAUACAACCAUCGCUACUUCAUUCGAUGGCGUCUACGACGACUGGGACUCGUCAAGCGCAGACUAUGGACCGGAGCUUGAUCCAUCUCAAGCAGAACGGCUCGUGGCCAGUGUCGAGCAAUACGUUCCCAAAGAGUGUGGAGUAGUCAGCAAAGCUUUUGACAAGUGUGAACCUCUGAAUGAUCGAUCUCACAACUAUUCAUCGAUCACAUCUGCGAACGCAGGUACACUAACUGCAAAGAUUCAGGUACAAUCGGCGAAUCACACAGCUGCAAAAGAGCCGAGCUUGGAAUCCAGAUCUGCUUCAUCAAAGCUUCCUGAACAUAGGCUUGUUCGCACUUUGCCGACUAAUGGCCUCUUCGGUUUGCUCGCCGCUGUCAGUAUCGAUCACUCGUCAUUUCAUCAUUUAUGGGAAAGCUACAGACUGGCGGAUGCGACCGGACAACCUUUUCAUUAUUACGCGGAUGAGAAUGAGCUGAUUCGCAAUAUACCUGCUGGUACACAAUUUCUCCGAACUCCUGCCUCAGUGUGGAAUGCCACCGCAGACUCAACUCAAUCGGACAAUAUAAUUCUCAAGGCCAGCCUCACUUUGAACACCAGCGUUUCUGCGGACAAGCUUUUCACUCUCUCGUUACAACCACUCAGAUAUGAAAGAGCCUGCGUGUUUCAGAGACACUUUGGCCCGAGCAGGUUCCUCUACAUUGAACUCCCAAGAAUUAGCACUCUCAGCGAUUCUCGUCUCAACGGCCAGAGAGACUUGCUCGAAUCUCGUUUUCUAGAGUGGAUGAUCAAAGAGAAGAAGUUCCUUGGUCGAACAUGGCGUCUAUUUCACAUCCAGGAUGUCAAGAAGAAAAUCAAAAAAGACAGCUUACCCAGUCAGCGGUUGGUGUUUUUUGCAGUUGAUGGUCCUGGCUUGCAGAAGAUUAGCGUUGACGAGUUGAUUGAUUGGGCCAUCCCGACCAUAAAGAAUGGCGGUCAACCAUUCUGCAAGAUAUACGCUCGACUUGACUUGUUUCUUUCACAAACUAUUCCAACAAUCAGGUUCACCCCCCAGGAGAUCAGGUAUAUCAAGGACACUUUGGGGGAUGGUACCCCUGAGAACGAAGAAUUCAAUGACUCGAGUCUGAAGUUUGAGUGUCCUUCUGGUCCAUCGAAUGAGAAAGUUGUGAUGAAUGAUGGCUGCUCGCUGAUCUCAGUUGGUGCAGCAAAAGAGAUUUGCGAUAUCCUUGGGAUCAAGGGUGUUCGUCCUGUCGCUUUCCAAGCUCGCAUCAAUGGCUGCAAAGGUGUAUGGAUGAUCAGUGCACCGUAUGAUACGACUGAGCCAAAGCACUUGAGAAGAUGGAUCCACAUCGCAGAAAGCCAACGCAAAGUCAUACCAAGAGAUGAGGACUUCACGGACAGUUGCGAGCCUGAUCGAUGGUCAUUCGAACUGGUCAAGUACACAAGUCCACCAAAGCCAUCGACCUUAAACCUGGAGUUCAUUCCCAUCUUAGAUGACCGCCAUGUUCCACGCCACACACUUCGUCGAGUCAUCGAGAGCCAACUCGAAAUGGAUUUCUCGACCUUUUUGGACUCAUUGAAUGACCCGAAAGAUCUGCGUCGCUGGUUACAUUCCGAAUUCAGUGGCUCGGAAGAGCUCAAUCGAAACUUCGGCAUCAAACAAGCUGGGAAUUUCCCCAGUGACUGUGUUGAGAAAUGCAUCUUACUGCUUGAAUCUGGAUUUAACCCUUUGGAAAACCAAUACCUCGCAACGUGUGUCCAGCAAGUUGUCAGAUUCUGGCUCACCUCAGUCCGUUCUAAACUCAAGAUAAACCUACCCAGAUCUGCCAUGGCUCUAGGUAUAGCCGAUCCAACGGGCUGCCUGAAGCCUGGUGAGAUUCACAUGGCCUUCUCGGAGACUUUUCGGGACGAGGCCUCUGGCGAACAUUGGUCACAUCUCAAGGGUGAGGUGCUGGUCGCAAGGCAUCCCGCUUUGAGAUGCUGCGAUAUGCAAAAGGUCAGAGCGAUUUACAGGGAAGAACUCAGCCACUUAACCGAUGUCGUGGUAUUCCCGUCGAAAGGAUGCGUACCACUUGCACACAGACUUCAAGGUGGCGACUAUGAUGGUGACACCUUUUGGCUUUGCUGGGACCCAAGGUUAACAGCAGACUUCAAGAAUGCACCUAUGCCGCUGGACGAGCCCGAAUUAGAGUACUACGGAAUCAAGAAAGACGCACGUAGCUUGAAGGAGGUUCGUGGCACUGAGAAUGAUGUGAAUACGUGGCUGUUUGAGAGCUUCCGAUUCAAGCUACGGGAGAAUCUGUUGGGUGUAGUUACGAACAUGCUUCGAAAACUCGCUUACAAAGGUAACUCAAUCACGUCAGACAACGUUGAGAAGUUUGCAGGCUUGCACGGUCGUAUCAUCGAUUCUUCAAAGAACGGUUAUAUCUUCACCCCAGCCGCAUUGAACGAGUUCUCUAGAAAGCUUGGUAUUCGAGGUUCCUUGCACAAGCCAGCAUAUGAGUCGUGGAUGAAUCCAACAACUGAUAGCGCAACCGAUCGUCUGAAGCCCAAUCGCAAACACAUAAUCGACUAUCUAUUGUUCGAAGUCGUCAAUCCUCUCCUUGAACAACUUACCAAGGACUGUCGACGAAAGCUAGCUGUUGCGGAGAGCUAUGACGAGGACCUCAUCAAACCUUUUCGGGAUCGAAAAGUCUCAGAUGAUCUCAUCAUUGUUGCUGUCCUCAAGCAAUUGACCACUGACUUGGCAAAGGUCAACUCUAUCGGCAACUCAGUAGAAAAGAUGACAAAGGAACUGUACACACUACAGGCCAACCGCGUUCUCGAAGCAUACACCGCGAUCCAACCCAUCCGCACCGAAGACCGCAUUGUGCAAGAAUGGCUCAUGAGAACCACACCAAACUCUUUCAAUACGUGGGAAAUCAUCAAAGCCUCAGCGUUCUACCUGGAUAAGCACCAUUUCCGGUCGACGUUGGCAUUUUUGGUCGCCGGGAAAGAGCUUUGUUAUAUCAAGGCUAUGUCAAGGCCUGGUAGCAGAAUUGUCAUUGAGGACCUAUAUGCGACGUACAAGCCAAAGAGGGAGAAGAGAGCGAUGAAUAAACGUCAAGCUCCAUUGCCAAUCGCGGAGUCUUCGGAGUCGAGUGAGGCUGAAUUUUUCGAUGCACUUGAAUGA